AUGUCAUUAUUUUUAGAUACUAUUUCAAUAUUCUGAGAUAUUGAGAAAUAUUGGUGCUUUUAGAAGAAUCAUACAAUAUCAAAAUAAGCCUCCGGAGAUAUUAGAUUAAUUUAAUAACACACUGGACUUCUAUUUUAGUAUGUUAAAGAGAGUGGCUGUGGCUCAGACUAUUCUGUAUGGUAUGUAUGUGUAUAAUUGAGCAGAACAGCGAUGUGGAACUCAAUUAGUCAACUCCUUACUGUUACAGCAGAAAUAAUGAGAGCAGUUUACUUAAUAAUAAUUUAAAAAAUGUGCUGGAUUAUUUUUACUUUUUUAGGCGGCGGGAACAUGCUUCCAUAGUUUACUCAAUAGUUUAAUAAAAUAAAAAAAUGCAUAGAUAACCCAGUUAGUUAGCUAUCUGUGAGAGUAGAGUGGCGUGCUGGAGAUAGAGUUAAGGCACUAUAUUUUUAAGAUUUCUCAUGUUUAAUUUCUUCUCAAAUUUGUUUUCAGAACCAAGAAACUGCAACAAGUUUUUUUCAAGUUCUUGCCACCAUCUACAGGGAUGAGAGAGAAUAUUCAAGUAAGAUCUAUGAUGUUGGCAACACUAAGCAUCUUAUUGAAACAGCAUCGGCAGAACAACUUGGAUAUGUUGUUGUGAGAAUUCUAAAAUUCAACCCACAAUUUCAGGAAUUUAUUGACGUAGAUAGGAAUGUAGACAUCAGGAACUUAGAUAGAUUCCAGCUGUUCUUAUCAUGCAAAGAGACUGAAUCAUCUCAACCUAUGGCCACUUCAGUGUCCCAAGCUCAGCAUACUCAAGUUUCACAAGAGCAUGAAAAACUGAGGUCCAUUUUGGAAAAGAAAGCACCAGAGACACUUGAUGAACUCAAAACCAAAGGCACUGUGACAGAAAAAGCAAGAAUAAAGCUUGUUAAAUUAUGUGUAUCUGACCUGGUGGAAAAGCAUGGAUUUUAUCCAACAAGUACUGAAAAAGUGGCUCUAGCAAAGAACAUCAUCGCUGUCUUCCCUGAGAGUCCAGGUGGAUGGAAACGGGGAAGGAUUUAUUCUCAUUCUGGAUUUUUGGAAAUGAGACUGCGCAACAUUCGUCGAAAGCUAGAAGAUGGUCAGCGGCGUUAUAGGUCACACAAACGACGCUGUGAAGAUGGUCCUAAUCCGGACAAGGAGGAGGAAGAUGGUAGUGGGACAAGUGAGUGGAUCAACUUGAUGAAAAGGCUCAGGCCUUCUACAGACAACAUUUCAUCGAUCAAAGCAGCAAUGCAGAAAACCUUCACCUGGCGCAGAUCAUGGAUAGCCAAACAUUCCCCCUCCCUGUCUGAAAUCUUUGAGGAAUACCCACACUUCUUGGAUAUGCCAACUCUGCUUGAUACAGAGUUUGGUAAAAUGUUUGAGGGAAAAGGAGAUUUGUUCUUAAGAAGAUGGGAGGCUACCAUCAUUCCCAAGUUGAAGGCAAUUGCCAUCAUGGAGACAGGUGAUCUUGCAUCUCUUAAGGACAUGGAAAACCAGAAUGAAGAUGAGAAGUGUUACACUAUGCUUGUAGUCCUUACACAUCUUCUGCCACCAGUCGCAAUGAGUCGAUGUUGA